AUGGGUAUCCCUGCUAACUUUCUUCAACCAUACCCAAAUAUGGUGUUAGGAUUAAGCGGAGCCUUGACUUCUGCCAAAGGAUCAAUCAAACUCAAAGUCGAGUCUGGAUCAGCACCUCGACAGUUGAAGACGAACUCCGAGUUCGUGGUGUUCGACACCCCCUCCCCUUAUGAUGCCGUGAUGGGACAGCCCCUACUCUUCAACCUGAGAGCAGCAGUUUCCCUAUAUCACUAUUCUAUCAAGUUUUCCACACCCUAUGGUGUGGGGGAAGUCAAAGGAAAUAGGGAGCUCGUCGAAAGUUGCCAAUGGAAUACCUGUACUAGUCAUCAACACAGCUUCUCGGCGGUACACAUGGCGAACAUAUGGGAACCCGAACUCAUUUCCUUAGACCCACGGACCAGGAUCAGAGGCGGAGAACCCAUAGAAGAACUAGAAGGAGUUCGAAUCUGUGCCAAGGACCAAACAAAGGAACUCAAAGUUGGGUGCGAAUUAAAGCCCUCCACCCGAAGCGAGCUUGUGGCUUUUCUUAAAGAGAACCUCGAUGUGGAUCCCUCAGCUCGGCCAAAGCAGCAAAAACGACGACCUCUAAAUCCUGAAAGAUAUGAAGCAUUAAACAAAGAGGUGCAAAAAAUGUUGAACAAUGGUUUACUCCGUGAAGCGAAAUACCCGAAGUGGGUCGCGAAUCCGAUCUUUGUGAAAAAACACAACGAAGAUUGGAGGGUAUGCAUAGAUUUACCGAUCUCAACAAAGCAUGCCCCAAAGAUAGCUUUCCAUUGCCAAGAAUAG